GCCUUUUCCCUCCACUCCUCACUCUGUUCCACUCAAAGUUGGUGGGAGAAUGCUGAGCUUGUGGACUCAGACUUGUUGCUGGGAACAGAACAGUUGAUUUUUUUUUUUUUUUCCUUUUCGAAUUUCUAUUUCCCGGCACAAGCGCAAAUGCUCAGCCAGGUCCCUUCAGACACCGGGAAAUCAUCCUAGAUACACAAGUGGACUUUUGAGCCCGAAGAACCCAAGGAAAGGGCAGCCCCGCUCGCCAGCCCCAAACGACAAUCUAGUCGGUGAGAAGACCAGAAAACCAGAAAGGCGAGGAGCGGCGGACCCUGACCCUGCCUUCCUCCAGCUUGUGCAACCCUCACUGGCGACCGGGCAAAAAAAAAAAAUAUUCAUUAUCAUUUUCUUCUCGCCCGGGCACUGGUGAGUUUCCUAACCCGGCCGCCUGUGAAAGGAUGAGUUGAGGUUUCUUUGUUUGCAAAAAGAGUUUAGGGCUCUGAUUCAGCUGCAAAGAAGCCAAAUGAAGUUAGAAACAAAGGGCAAAUUGAAGGAUUCCGACUCUUGGCUUUUUGUGUUUUCCUUACUAGAAAAUAAUUAGACCUAAUGAAUAUGCAGACGCUUAGACUAAACCCUCGGCCCAGGCUGCUGGGGUUUAAACACAGAGCUACGGAGAAAUGCAACCUUCAUCCCCCAACCCCCAGCAUCCGCGUGCAUUUUUUUGAAAUGCAUAAAUGUUGCUCGGCUUAAUUGAUUGAGUCACAGGGAUUUUUUUCUGCUUUUAAGUGCUAUACUUCUCUACCUUUCAACAAUCAUUUUAAUAUAUAGUCAAUGGCUCUUUGUGGACGGGACAAAAAGCAACUAGGCGCAGUUGUUGAAUAGACUUUGCGCUAGGCAAAGACAGGUUAAUCGAGGGCCGCAUCGCGAAAACAAGCGAGUGUUGUAUGUUUGCACUGAAUCCAAGUGUCUGCAUUUUCCUAACUAAAUCAAAGGGAGUGUUAUUUCUUUUUCUGCUCACUCAUCUGAAGGUAAGUAAAUUUUCUCUGGCGAUCAAAAGCCUGGUCGGCAACAAAGACCGCGCCCGCUUUUUCCACCGUCCUGGUGUGGCGAGUUGCGGAAUUUCAAUAACUGUGACAAGGGUGACUGAUUUGUGAACUAGAAAAGGUUUGAAUGUCACAAAAUUUACAUUGGUCUUAUCUAUUGGGGAUUUAAAUACCAAAAAAGUAUUGGGGAUCUCUAGGGAGCUCUGGGCAGUCCAGAUGAACAAUGGCGCGUUGGGAAAUUUACAGUUUUACCUGAAUGAAAGGGGCCUGGGUUGGGAACAGGAGUGCAAACGGAGAGGGUUAGCUGGGGCAGAUGUGGGAGACAAGGAAAAGGGAGAAAAGAGAAAAAUAACGCAAGAAAGGGAAAAAGAAAAGAAAAUUGACAAAAACAUUUCCCAUUAAAAAAAAUCAAACCUCAAUAAUCUGGAAAGUUAAGAGCUCUCAUUCACCUGUGUUUGUUUGGCUGGGGUGGGGGGUGCGCAGGAAGUCUGACCUGAUAAAAGUGAGAAAAAUCAAGGCUACCAGCUAUACUGAGAAAUCACAUUUCUUGUAAAAAGAGCGUAGUGCCCGUGUGCUCCGCAGAUCUUAAAUUAUAAACAGGAGGGGGAACAGGCAAGAGGGAAGCAAACUUCAAAAGGAGCAAAUAACAAAAGCCUCCUUUGCUGCCCUUGAAGGGGUGAACGGGGGAAGAAAGAAAAGAAAGUUGCUGAAUCGGGACAUUCUGGAAGUGCCUUUGCUGUAUUUACCAGCCCCAUCCCGCCUCCUGGUCUCGGAGACGCCCGAAGUCCGGGAACGCUCAGCGAAGAGCAGGUUCGAGGAAGGACGAGAGCGAGCACUAGCGAGAGCGAGCGAGGGGGUGGUGGGGGGAAUGUAUAUGACUGUGAGAAGAAAAGGGAAUCGUGGCAAAAAAAAAUUUCCGUGAGAAGAGGGAAAAAAUUUGGCUAAAAAAAAAAAGUUGCUACUCCUGGCAGCCCUGUUUGUCAAAAGGGGAUGUCAAGCGCUUUACAAUACCUGGGAUUGAUGAGGCAGGCGGGCCAAUGAGCGGCGCGAAGCGCCUCGGCGCGCCCUCCGUUGGCGCGGCGGCUGCGGGCGGGGGGAGUGCGGGCGCACCAAUGGGCACCCGCGUCGGCAGCACGUGACGCCUCCCCCUGCUCCCAUUCAUCAAGGGGGGGACGGUGUCGUCCUUUCAAUUCAUUUAUCUGCAGGAAUGAUUGCUGCUAUCAGUCUCGCGCUCACCGCCCGGCUGAGGAGGUGAAAGUUUCUCCCCAGGAAGAUAAACCGCAAAAGACAAUAUUGUGCAUGAUUUGCGCCUUUUCUUUGGCUUUUUCUUUCUUUCUUCUCCCCCCCCCCACUUUUUUUUUUUUUUUUUUUUGCAAAAAGCAGAGAGGGAAAAAAGGAGAGUGAAGGAGCGAGGAGACAAGCCUGUGAGAAAGGAGAGGGAGAGAGAAGAGAGAGAGAGAAAAGAAAGGGCGAGGGGCUAGUGAGAAGUGAGGAGGGGAGCGAGGCGGAGAGAGGGCGAGCAGUCGCGGCUCUGGCGCUCACAUUCCUCUAUGCUACAAAUCCGGGAGGAAGUUUUUUUGGGGGGCUGAGAUGCUCCAUGCUUUUCCCCGGGCAGCCUUGACGCAGGGCCCUCUCGGCAGAGACUGAACGGCGAGAAAGUGUGAGCCGGGCCAGCUGGGUCUGCCUGGCGGGCGCUGGAGCCUGCGGUACUCGCGGCCCGCAACCGUCCGGCUUCCCAGCGUUUAGCCGGGCGAGCGCCCGGGCGCGCCUCGCUGCUGCCUGCAGGCUAGGACUUCGCGAGGUGGGUCGACUCCCCCUCCCUCCUCCUCUUCUUCCUCCUCUUCCUCCGCCUCUCUUUCCUCCUCCUCCUCCCGAUUUUCCCUCCUCGGCGGGAGAGGGUGGGGGGGGCGGGGGAGGCCGGGGCUCGCCCCGAGCAGCCACGAUGCUCCUGGACGCCGGCCCCCAGUACCCAGCGAUCGGCGUGACCACCUUUGGCGCGUCCCGCCACCACUCGGCGGGCGACGUGGCCGAGCGAGACGUGGGCCUGGGUAUCAACCCGUUCGCCGACGGCAUGGGCGCCUUCAAGCUCAACCCCAGUUCGCACGAACUGGCCUCGGCCGGCCAGACGGCCUUCACGUCGCAGGCGCCGGGCUACGCAGCUGCUGCGGCCCUGGGCCAUCACCACCACCCGGGCCACGUCGGCUCGUAUUCCAGCGCAGCCUUCAACUCCACGCGGGACUUUCUGUUCCGCAACCGGGGCUUUGGCGACGCGGCAGCGGCAGCCAGCGCACAGCACAGCCUCUUCGCCGCUUCGGCCGGGGGCUUCGGGGGCCCACACGGCCACACGGACGCCGCGGGCCACCUCCUCUUCCCCGGGCUUCACGAGCAGGCUGCGGGCCACGCGUCGCCCAACGUGGUCAACGGGCAGAUGAGGCUCGGCUUCUCGGGGGACAUGUACCCGCGGCCCGAGCAGUACGGCCAAGUCACCAGCCCGCGUUCCGAGCACUAUGCCGCGCCGCAGCUGCACGGCUACGGUCCCAUGAACGUGAACAUGGCCGCGCACCACGGCGCCGGCGCCUUCUUCCGAUACAUGCGCCAACCCAUCAAGCAAGAGCUCAUCUGCAAGUGGAUCGAGCCCGAGCAGCUGGCCAACCCCAAAAAGUCGUGCAACAAAACUUUCAGCACUAUGCACGAGCUGGUCACGCACGUCACGGUGGAGCACGUCGGCGGUCCGGAGCAGAGUAACCACAUCUGCUUCUGGGAGGAGUGUCCGCGCGAGGGCAAGCCCUUCAAGGCCAAAUACAAACUGGUUAACCACAUCCGCGUCCACACGGGUGAGAAGCCCUUCCCCUGCCCCUUCCCUGGCUGUGGCAAGGUCUUCGCGCGCUCCGAGAACUUAAAGAUCCAUAAAAGGACGCAUACAGGGGAGAAGCCCUUCAAGUGCGAGUUCGAGGGCUGCGACCGGCGAUUCGCUAACAGCAGCGACCGCAAGAAGCACAUGCACGUGCAUACGAGCGACAAGCCCUAUCUUUGCAAGAUGUGCGACAAAUCCUACACGCACCCCAGCUCGCUUCGCAAACACAUGAAGGUCCACGAAUCCUCCUCGCAGGGCUCGCAGCCUUCACCGGCCGCCAGCUCGGGCUAUGAGUCCUCCACGCCGCCCACCAUCGUGUCUCCCUCCACAGACAACCCGACCACCAGCUCCUUGUCACCGUCCUCCUCCGCGGUCCACCACACAGCCGGCCACGGCGCGCUCUCUUCCAAUUUUAACGAAUGGUACGUUUAAAAUCAGAAACAAAACACCGAACAAACCCCUAUUUAAGAGACUGAAACACACGUAUACAGAGAUUACUGAAAGAACCCUGCGAAUAAAAGCAGUCCC